GGAAAAAUACAAAGGUAAUAUUUUGUAAUGUUAACGUGUUCUACAUCAUGACAUGCCUUUCCACGUUCUUGUAGGUGAUGAAAGAUAGGUCCACACAAUGGGAACUGCCACCAGCUGACCAUUCGUACACCAGCACGAGACUUUCUAUGACCAUGAGAACUAUUUCCUAUCGAACACUGACCAGUGAUGACAUUCUUUUUUACACUGGCAUUUCUGUGGCUGCAUUUGACAAGCUCGUGUCAGCACUGAAGACUCAAGACAAGACAAUUCGCAAGCUCUUGACCAUCGAAGACCAGCUGUUAUUGACACUCAUGAGGCUUAGACUUGGCCUCCUUUGUGGAGAUUUAGCAAGAUGGUUCGAGGUCUCUGUAGCUUAUGUUUCUAGAACAUUUUCGAGAGUGCUGGACGACCUGGUGAAGAUCAUGCAAGAAGUUGUUGUGUGGCUUCCCCGCUCAAGGUUGCGGGCAAGCAUGCCUGAGAGUUUCAGAAACAGCGAGUGCAGUCAUACAACAUGCAUAUUCGACUGCACUGAAGCACUAAUGCAAAGGCCACGGAAACUGAUGGCCAGAUCCCAAAGUUACAGCCAAUACAAGGGUGCAAACACGAUGAAAUUUUUUACCGUCAUAGCACCAAAUGGAUUUAUAAUGUUUGUGUCAGAUGUGUAUGGAGGCAGGGCAUCAGACAAAUACAUUGUAAAGACAUGUGGAGUGGAAGAGUACCUCCUUCCAGGUGAUGAGAUAAUGGCAGACCGUGGUUUCAAGCUUGACCCUUAUCUUGAAGCUCAAGGGAUUAAAAUGAACAGGCCUGCAUUCACAAAAGGAAAGGAUCAGCUACCUGAAAGUGAAGUCACCGAAACUAGGCGCAUCGCAUCGCUACGAAUUCAUGUUGAGCGGGCAAUCAACCGAAUCAAGACGUACAGAAUUUUCAAGCAAGUACUGCCCAUCAAGUCAAGAAAGUAUGCCAGCAAAAUUGUCCUUGUUUGUGCAGGACUCUGUAACCUUAAACGCCCGCUCAUCAACGAACAGACAAAAGCAUAAAUGUCCCGUAUGUACUUUAAUUUAGCCUUAAGCACUCUGAGAAGUGAGUAGGGUAAACUUCACUAAUGCCGUUUUAAAGUAAAAGCUUUAUUGGCCUGGACUUGCAACCUGGACUUGCAAUCAAGAUUAACCAAGGCUAACCAUGCUAUGCCUUAGCUUUCGCUACGUAUAGCCGAGCUAAGCCACUGCCAAUUUUUUGUAACGUCACUGGUUUCGUACCUGUGAAGCUUAUGGAAGUGAUUUGAAGCCAAGGUGUUAAAAUGUGGUUGAAUGUUUUUUUAUUCAUUCAAUAUACUUGGAUGGCUCCAAUGAAGCAGACAUUAUGAACAAAUAAAAUUUCACUUGCUCAUCACAAAUCGCAAAUCUCUUCAUACUUUUUGCACAUAGCCAGCUUUUUCUUAUAAUGUAGGUCCUCAAGGUGAGGCAGGAGAUGCAAAAAGUAUAAUGUUUUGAGCCUCUUCAAGUUCUGUUCAAUGUACCGUGUGUCAAUAGGCACAUUUACAAUGACAUCACUUUCAGCCGACCACACAUAAAAAUAGCAGGUGCUUUUGCCACAGCAAAACAUGCUAAACUGCACUUGGUCAUAGUAACCAUUUUUGCCACCUGGACAA